AGGACUCGGUAGGGCGGGGCAGGUUUUCCAGCCGGAAGGCCAAGAACUGUUAAGGAGUGUGAUUCCGCAGGGAGGGGUUAGGAGGGAGCGAGACCUCGCGAACUAGAGUGUAUUCCUUCAGGGUUAUUGCGAUAGAUGAAUUUCAGAACAUAUGUGGAAAGUGCUGGGCUGGGUGGUUAUUAAGCUGUUAGUGUUCUGGAUUCUGCAGAUAUAGAAGUCACAGACAGUCGCCUGCCUCAUGCCACUCUUGUGGAACAUCGAUCCCAGCAUCGAAGGUCUGAGACUCUGGGGACAUGUAUGGAGCCACCUCCAGUAACCCAGAAUAAGGCAAGCUAUGCUUUGAAAGUACCCCAAGCCACUGGUCAAUUUUCUGUGGAGCUGGUCCGAGGUCCUGCAGGCUUUGGUUUCACUUUAAAAGGAGGACGAGGUGUAUCUGGGCAUGCUCCGCUGGCCAUACAUGGACUGCUGAGGAAUGGGCCAGCACAGCGAUGUGGUCGUUUGCAGCCUGGUGACCUCGUCCUCCAUAUCAAUGGAGAGUCAACACAGGGACUCACUCAUGCCCAGGUGGUGGAGCGGAUACGCACUGGAGGCCCCCGACUUUGCCUGGUACUCCGCCGGCCUCAAGAGAUGGAUGCCAGAAGGAUUGAGGAGGGUGGAGGCCAUCAGAAGAAAGAUUGCAGCCCAGAUCCUAGGGGAAGCAGGAUGACAAAGUCUCGCAGCACUAUUUCCCCAGUUCAUCACCCGCCCAAGGCCCGGACCAGUCUGGAACCUAGUCCAGAGGCAGUAGCUGUUGGCCACGUGGUUCCUGCAGUGGAGCACCCCACAGAAGACUUGGACGACCGCAUCCCUGGUACCCCUGGGCCCUGGCUGGUGCCGAGCGAGGACCGGCUCUCACAGGCUCUAGGGGUUCGGGGCGGGGGCGCGCAGCUCGCUCAGGAAAUGGCAGCUGGAAGGCGGAGGCACUGAGCACCGACAGCUCUGUGCUCACUUGGUGAAGUCUCACUUGGUUUUAGCAUGCCUGACCGCCAGGCACUAGCUUUCCCCUUAGAGUUUUAACCUGGUCUAGUCCCCUCCCAUUGCGCAUUGCUCAGUGGACUGGUCCCCACCCCUCCAAGAUGCCAGUGGUACGGCCCUGCCGGAGCCCAGAGUGCUCGCACUCCCUCCCACCCCCGCGCGCCUCGGAUUCUCCUAGUUCUUUCCCGGUCGGGAGGUAAUAAAAUAGCUGGAUCUAG